AAGUGGGAAGCACCGCGAAUUCUACUCGUCAGCUGUUUAGUUUGUCAACCAUUUUUCGCUUCGUGUUCUUAGCGAAAAUUUAAAUCGAACGCGUAAUUCGCUUGAUAUUUCAGCGGAGUGCAUGCCCGAAUAAUAGAGCAAUAUUGUGCGGGAACAUGCGAGCGGUGGAAGAGCGGCGGAGCAGAUAACAGAUAGCAAAGCGACGCCCAAAAAGUGACAGAUAGACGCGCAAGAAGAAGCUGCAGCACAGCGCGGGCCUUUGUUGUUGCGCCUGCUAGGGAUCCACCCACUCCCAGUCCCAACCACCCACGUGCCUGCCACCCCCUUUGGCCAUGAGCGGCGCACGGGAUCAGGCGGAUCCACCGCUGCUCCAGCUCGAGGACGAGGUGGAUCUCAUCGGAGACUUUGUGAAGGACCAAACGCCGCCCAGCAGCCAGCUGGCCCCGCUCCUGAAUGGCUUCGAGCCGACCACCAACCAGUUGACCACCAAAGUAGAGAUCAAUACCAUUGGCAUGGGCAAACGCAAGACCAGGAGAAGAGGCAGAAGGGACCGGGAACCCAUGCUACUGUCGGUGGACGACGACGAUGACGAGGAUGAGGUGCCAGAGGAGAGACGCCACACAAACGGCCUGCCGCCAGGCGAGGAGAGUGCCGGGGGCGAUGCUGCACUUCAGAAACCGCAAGUGGAUAAGUUGGUCAUGCUCCACGACGACCAAACCGACGACGGCGACGACGAAGAUGGCGAGGAAGAAGUGCUGCUGAGGAGGAGCUCAAACCUGCGCAACCAGAGACUCAAAGGUCGCGCUGAGGAGAGCAUAGACAACAACAGUCAACAGCCACAGAUAAUUAGUCACAUCGCACCCGCGAAGGUAGCCACAUCUGCAUCGACAGCGGCAUCUCCGCUGAAAACCGCUUCGCACAUUGCCCUCGCCCGUCACCCGCAUGACGAGGCCGACGACAUCUGCCUGGUGCCAGAAAUCGACUUCGAGGGCAUGUCCACGGACGCGGGCAGCGACAACCGGGAGUCCCAGCCGCUCCUGGGAGGAGGCAGUGCCAGCCACGGAAGCCGCAUCAGUGAGCUGUUGGGCGGACUGGGACGCGGGCACGAUCAUGUGGAAUUCGUGUCGAACACAUUUGGCGAUGAUCCACUUUUCUCGGAGAUCGUGGCGAAGGCAGAGGGGGCCAUUGAGAAUGGUGUGCUGCCCGAGCGCAUUUACCAGGGUAGCAGUGGUUCCUAUUUCGUCAAGGAUGCCUCCCACGAAUGUCUGGCUGUAUUCAAGCCAAAGGAUGAGGAGCCCUAUGGCAGACUGAAUCCAAAAUGGACCAAAUGGAUGCACAAGCUGUGCUGCCCCUGUUGUUUCGGUCGUGCUUGUUUGAUUCCCAAUCAGGGGUACCUGUCGGAAUCGGGCGCCAGCUUAGUUGAUCGGAAGCUUAAUCUAAAUGUGGUGCCAAAGACGCGAGUGGUCAGACUGGUGGCCGAAAGCUUUAACUAUGCCCGUAUCGAUCGCCAGAAGGCCAAACUGAAGAAGCGCAUCAAGGAGCACUAUCCAUCGGCUCAUUUCAACCGAAUGAGCCUUCCUCUAAAGACUGGCUCCUUUCAGCUCUUCGUGGAGGGCUACAAGGAUGCGGACUACUGGCUGCGGCGCUUCGACAGCGAACCUUUGCCGCCAUCGGUGGCCAAGUCCUUUCAGUUGCAGUUCGAGCGCCUUGUCGUCCUGGAUUACAUCAUUCGCAACACCGACCGGGGCAACGACAACUGGCUGAUAAAGUACGUUGCGCCCAAGGUCAAGAGUCAGGUGGGCGGCACCGGUGGCAGGACUAUGCAUGCUGUCGUUCGUCCGAAAUUGCCGUCUGCCUUAGGGGUUUCGGAAAUCGUUGACCUAAACGAGCCGCAGGGUAGUAGGAAUCCAAAGAACGAUGGUCCACCAGCUGAUGGGGCAGCCACCAAUGGACAGCAGGACAGCAGCAGUCUGCCCAGCAGUGAGGAUGAACCCUCUUCGAGAUCACCUACCUCGGAACCCGAUUGGAAUGUGGUGAACUCUGCCUUCAUUCGGAUCGCUGCCAUUGACAACGGCCUCGCUUUUCCCUUCAAGCAUCCGGACUCUUGGCGAGCCUAUCCCUACCACUGGGCAUGGCUGCCACAGGCAAAAAUUCCAUUUAGCGAAGAAAUCAAGGAUCACGUGCUCCCGCAGUUGUCAGAUAUGAACUUUGUCGAGGAGAUCUGCACAGACCUGUUGUACCUGUUCCAGCAGGAUCGUGGCUUUGACAAGCGUCUGUUCGAACGCCAGAUGUCUGUGAUGCGAGGUCAGAUCCUUAAUCUCACCCAGGCACUAAGGGAUGGAAAGUCGCCGGUGCAACUGGUUCAGAUGCCAGCCGUGAUUGUGGAACGAUCAAGCGGCAGUCGUUUCUUUUCAUUUACGCAGCGCUUCCAAAACAAGAGUCCCUUCUUCUCUUGGUGCUAAAUGGCCACGGAGGAGUCACUGCUAACCCCACCAAAAACCAAAUCAUGCAGUCCGGUCCUGCAGCCUCAUCAUCAUCGUGUAUAUGCGCUUCGUUGUUGUCUAGAAUAUUUCCAAAUCGUAAUCAGUUGCUGUCGGCAAGGAACCCAGAAAUUUAUUUUGUUGUGUAUCCUACAUUUCUUUUGGCCAAAAGACCCAUAUGUCAUAUGCAAUAAUUUAAGUACUUUAUUUACGUGUUUAUGGUUUAGCUAACACUUUCCAUGGUUAUGUAUAUGUAGGAAAUAUCCUUUGUUUGUCAAGUGUUUGUAUAGUCAAUUGUUUAUGCAUAAAAUAAGAUGAAAUCGAGCAGAUUCUGUGCGGUCAUUUAAAAAAAUAACGCUCAAGCGGUUUAUAAAUUUA